CUGAGGUGCACAACAUUUCCGUUUCGCGCAAGCCGGAUCCCGUGGUCACAAGCCCCAAGCGUUUGCCGUCCCUUGAGGAGGAGAAAGACGGAUAGAAGGACGCGUGAAUGAGAGGCACUCAGCAUCAUCUGUGCCUGUGUGUGGAUCUCCUCAGUGGAUAGGACCAGUGUUAUGUAUUGGAGUUUUGAACUAGAAUGACGGGAACCCAUCUGAACUGUAAGUGACUUGGCAGUUGUCUCCAAUCCUCUUUCCAGCAAGUGGAAGACCAGUCAAUGAAUUAUGAAUGUUAAACAAGAUGACCUCCUCUCAGCAGCAGCAGAUGAUGCGAGGUCCUAGGCGGAACCGGGCCUUGUCUGACCCUUUGCUUGUGCUGCUCCUGGCCCUACAGCUUUUGGUGGUUGCGGGACUGGUCCGUGCUCAGACAUGCCCUUCCGUCUGCUCCUGUAGUAAUCAGUUCAGCAAAGUCAUCUGCACACGGAGGGGCCUAAGAGAAGUCCCUGAUGGCAUUUCUACCAAUACACGCUACCUGAAUCUCCAAGAAAAUCUCAUCCAGGUCAUUAAAGUGGACAGCUUCAAACACCUAAGGCAUUUGGAGAUCCUGCAGCUGAGUAAAAACCACAUACGCAAAAUUGAGCUUGGGGCCUUCAAUGGACUUGCUAGCCUUAAUACCCUGGAGCUUUUUGAUAACCGCCUCACCACGAUCCCAAAUGGAGCAUUUGAAUACUUGUCCAAACUAAAAGAGCUAUGGCUGAGGAAUAAUCCAAUAGAGAGCAUUCCCUCCUAUGCUUUCAACAGGGUGCCCUCAUUACGGCGACUGGACCUUGGGGAGCUGAAAAGGCUAUCCUACAUAUCUGAGGGGGCUUUUGAAGGGCUGAGCAAUCUUCGCUACUUAAAUCUGGGCAUGUGCAAUCUGAAGGAAAUUCCCAACCUUAUUCCCCUGGUGAAGCUGGAUGAAUUGGAGAUGUCAGGGAACCAGCUGUCUGUCGUCCGGCCCGGCUCUUUUAAGGGGCUGAUCCAUCUCCAGAAGCUAUGGAUGAUGCAUGCCCAGAUCCAGACUAUUGAGAGAAACUCUUUUGAUGAUCUCCAGUCUCUGGUGGAGCUUAAUUUAGCUCACAAUAACCUUACGCUCUUGCCCCAUGAUCUUUUCACUCCUUUGCAUCAUCUGGAGAGGGUGCAUUUGCACCACAACCCUUGGAAUUGUAACUGUGACAUUCUCUGGCUAAGUUGGUGGCUCAAGGAGAUGGUACCAGCAAACACCAGCUGCUGCGCCCGCUGCAGCUCACCAGCUCACCACAAAGGGCGCUACAUUGGUGAGCUUGACCAAAACUACUUUCAUUGUUAUGCUCCUGUUAUUGUGGAGCCACCAGCUGACCUAAAUGUGACAGAGGGGAGUGCUGCAGAGUUGAAAUGUCGAGCCAGCUCUUUGACAUCUGUGAGCUGGAUUACACCCAAUGGUUCCAUCAUGACACACGGUGCGUACAAGAUCAGAAUCUCAGUACUGAAUGAUGGCACCCUGAACUUUACUAAUGUUACCAUGCAAGACACUGGUACUUAUACUUGUAUGGUCAGUAAUUCAGCCGGUAACACAACAGCGUCUGCCAUACUCAAUGUGUCCUCAACUGAGAACAGCAGCUUCAGCUACUUCACCACAGUGACUGUAGAGACGAUAGAAAUACCACAUAAUGAAGGCGUCACUACGAUUGUGCAACAGAAGGUAGGCCCCACCCCUUCGAUUCAUACAUGGAAGUCUCUUUCACCCAGUUCUACAACGACCACCACAGUGCAGACCCCACUCUCUACUCAUGCCACAGAGAAGACAUACACAAUCGCUGUCACUGAAUUUGGUGGAGAGGGCUCCCUAAAUGGCUUGGAUGAAGUCAUGAAGACAACCAAGAUCAUAAUUGGCUGUUUUGUUGCAAUUACACUAAUGGCAGCUGUCAUGCUGAUCAUCUUCUACAAGAUGCGGAAACAGCACCACCAGCAGAACCACCAUGCGCCCACACGUACCAUUGAGAUAAUCAAUGUGGACGAGGACUGCGUAACAGGAGGACCAGGGAUGGAGGGCCACCUGACUUUGCCUCCUCUCGAACAUGAGCAUCUCAACCAUUAUAACACAUAUAAAGCAGCAUACAACCACACCUCCACUAUCAACUCCAUACACAGCUCAGUGCAUGAACCUUUGUUAAUCCGGGCAAACUCAAAAGACAAUGUACAAGAGACCCAAAUCUGAGCUUUGUUUUUUCUCAAAUAAUCGAAUUACAGCAAGACUCAAACAUGGACGUACCACCGUGGGUUUGGCAAAUUAGUGGUUGCUGAUGUUCAACUAUGGACUUUGGUAAUUAGGGUUAUGUCAGUUACAAAAAGUGUCUUUAAAAAAAGUUAUUUAUUUAAGAACAGACUAUUGUUGUGAAAUCAAGAAAAAAAAUGUUCAGCAAUUUUUUUCAACACCUAAUUCAAGU